GUGUUGUUUACCGUUUUGCGUCAGUAAAAUUUUUUUAGCCGCAAGUUAAAUUCCAUUUUUAUGCUGCAAAUUAAGCCCAAUCGAGUCGAUUAUGUGUGAUAUCUUGGUGAUGAACCUAAACGGCAAUCGGAAACGGUUGCGGUCCGACGAUGGCGAGGGAGGACAUUUGGUUCUGCAGCGCAAGAUGUUCAUCAACCAGCAGCGGAUGGACCAGCAGGACGAGCGGAAGAUGAAGCAGAUUCAGGACAAAACCAUCAACAUGCUGUUCAUGGGGGCCAAAAACAGCCGCCAGCGACCGGCCGUCUGCCAGCGGGAGUGCCUGCGACACGUCCGUCUACUCGGCGCUGGCGAGUACGACUUUGACGUUCAUAGUUGUCCCAGCUGGAUGGAGAAAAAGCCGGAUCGGAAAUGUCGCAUCUGCGACCGCCAGUCGGCGGUACACGCUGAGUGCACCAACUGCAAUCUGGAGCUGUGCGAGCACUGUGGCGUCAGCUGCCAGCACUGCCCGGAGAAGAUCUGCAUGAAUUGCGUGAAUAUUUUCAACUGUCAAACCUCGAAUGUCCCGUGCUGUGAGCGCUGCAAGAUUUUCAACUGACUGAUUUUGGAUUGGCAACGAAAGUGUUAUUAAUUAUUCUGAUAAAUUCCUUAGUGUUUGUUUUUGCAAUAUUUUACAAUGUGUAUUGAAUACAAUUUUAUAUGUUAACUCGAUAAUCU